AUGUAUGGUUCAGAGAUGAACAAGCCUUCAGCAAUGGCCCCACCAUCUCUUGGCCAGAGUGGGAGCCCGGCACUGUCCUCUCGGUCCCCUAAGAAGACCACCUUUCCGUCUUUGGGAUCUGUAUCAUCAGGGAUGUUUUCCCCCUCACUUGCCAAACGCUCCACUCAUGAAGCCAAGCACACCUCAAGCCCCGUGAACUCUCCCACCCAUUCCAUCAUGAGCUCCCCCAAACUUUGGCAGAAAGCAUCUGUCUCCAGACUCGCUGAGGAGUUUUUCUGGAUUGGUGGCAGUGUGGUGGCACAACCCAAAUGGAGGUUGGGUCAAAUAGUGGAGAGGUGCAUGUGCACCAUGCAGACUGGCACUCAGAUGACCAAACUGAAGGGGAAGAAGAAAGGGCUGGUCCGUUUUUUCUACCUGGAUGAACACAAGUCCUGCAUCCGAUGGCGGCCUUCAAAAAAACACGACAAGGCCAAAAUAUCCAUUGAUUCUAUUCAUGAGGUUUGUGAGGGGAAGAAAUCGGAGAUCUUCCGACGUUAUGCUGAAAACCGCUUCGACCCAAACUGUUGUUUCAGUAUUUACCACGGGGAUCGAGUCAAGUCUCUGGACCUGGUCUCCAAUAAUGCAGAGGAUGUGCGCACUUGGAUCAACGGCCUGAAGUACCUCAUGGCUGGGAUCAGUGAUGAAGACAGUCUAGCCCGCAGACAACGCACCCGGGAUCAAUGGCUGCAGCAGACAUUCUCUGAGGCAGACAAAAAUGGAGAUGGUACCUUGAGCAUUGGGGAGGUUCAUCAGCUGCUCCAUAAGCUUAAUGUGAAUUUACCCAAGCAGAAAGUCAAGGACAUGUUUCAGGAAGCAGACACAGAUGAGAUCCAGGGUUCUCUGGGCUUUGACGAAUUUUGCUUCUUCUACAAGAUGAUUUCCACACGCAGGGACCUCUACCUGAUUAUGAUCUCCUACAGCAAUCAGAAAGAAGUACUGGAUCUACACGACCUUGCGUGUUUUCUGGAAAAUGAACAGAAGAUGCGUGGUCUGACCAGAGAGCAUCUAGCUGACAUUGUGGCUAAGUUUGAACCUUGUCCUGAGAACCUGCAGCAUAUGGUGCUGGGUAUAGACGGUUUCACCAACUACAUGCGAAGUCCUGCAGGCGACAUCUUUAAUCCCGAGCACAAUCAGGUGAACCAGGACAUGACGCAGCCUCUCACUAAUUACUUUAUUGCCACGUCACACAACACCUACCUGACUGGAGACCAGCUGCUCUCUCAGUCAAGGGUGGAAAUGUAUGCCUAUGUCCUGCAGGCAGGCUGUCGCUGUGUGGAGGUGGACUGCUGGGAUGGACCAGACGGAGAACCAAUCAUUCACCACGGCUACACUUUGACAUCCAAAAUUCUUUUCAAAGACGUCAUUGAAACAAUUAACAAAUAUGCCUUCACUAAGUCACCGUACCCUGUUAUCCUGUCCAUAGAGAACCACUGCACUGUGCCCCAGCAGAAAAAGAUGGCUAGAUAUCUAAAAGAGGUGCUGCAGGAUAAACUGGAUCUGACUAAUGUCAGUGUGCAUGAAUGUAAGAAGCUGCCUUCACCUGAGGUCCUGAAAGGGAAAAUCCUAGUCAAGGGGAAAAAACUUCCAGCAAACCUUGACCCUGAUGUAGAGGAAGGAGAUGUAUCAGAUGAAGACUCUGGGAAUGAGGAUGAGGAAUUAACAAACAGCUUUCAACUGUUUCAGGAUGGGAACGGUGUAGAAUCAACUAAUCAGCCCAAAAAGAAGAGACGCUUUGGCAGAUCGAUCAUAAGGAGCUUUAAAAGAAAGAGGAAAAAGAAAAUACGUGUAAAGAACAAGGCCAUGUCUGAUGGUGAAUCAGACAGCAGCCGGGAGAGAUCUCAGAUUGUUUACCACCCCAAAAAAAGGAAAACCAUGAGACUCUCCAGAGCGCUGUCAGACCUGGUCAAGUACACAAAAUCUGUCCGUGUGCAUGACAUAGAAACACAAGGUUUUUUGAGCAGCUGGCAGGUGUCAUCUCUGAACGAGACAGUAGUAAACCAGAUUUUACAGCUAAAACCUGGUGAGCUGGUGCGUUUCAAUCAGCGCCAGCUUCUGAGAGUCUACCCUUCAAACUUCAGAGUGGACUCCAGCAACUUUAACCCGCAGCCAUACUGGAACACAGGAUGCCAUAUGGUCGCAAUGAAUUACCAAACAGAAGGUCGCAUGCUUGAACUGAACAGAGCCAAGUUUUCAAGCAACGGAAACUGUGGAUAUAUUCUAAAGCCUAAAUGCAUGUGUAAAGCUGCCUUUAACCCAGUGAUGGAAGAUCCAUUACCAGGACACAGAAAAACUCAGUUGAUGCUAAAGAUCAUCAGUGGGCAACAGCUUCCAAAACCCAAAGACUCGAUGUUUGGAGACAGAGGAGAAAUUAUCGAUCCCUUCGUUGAAGUUGAGAUCAUCGGUCUGCCUGUUGAUUGCUCCAAACAGCAAACCAGAGUGGUUGAUGACAACGGCUUCAAUCCAAUGUGGGAGGAAACCCUUGUUUUCAGCAUCCAAAUGCCUCAGAUCGCUCUGGUAAGGUUCCAAGUCUGGGAUCAUGAUCCAAUUGGGAGAGAUUUCAUUGGACAGAGGACAGUUGCUUUCACCAGCAUGAUGCCAGGUUAUCGGCAUGUCUACCUGGAGGGAAUGGCAGAGUCAUCCAUCUUUGUUCAUGUUGGUAUUAAUGACAUGUCAGGAAAGAUCAAGCCUGCACAUGCUAUGCAUGCUGCUAGAAAACACAUUCAAAAGGCAGCUCAGAAGCACAUGAGGGGCAACCAAAGGCAUCCCUCCGUAGAUGUCUCUGUCAUGUCCUCCGAGGAUGGACGCUCUCUGUUUUUUCACAAGGAUCUAGACACCUUGUCUCAGGACAGCAGAAAUGGGGAAAUGUCUCCGGUUAUAAAAGGCCCAGCAGCUAAGGCCGCUUUCCACAAAGGGGUCAUGAGUGAGCCUGUGAGACGAGCCCACAGAGUUAAGAUCCAUGAACCACCAGAGACACGCAGAGGCCUCUUCCGCAAGAUGUCCUCCACAGAAUCCCACAACAGCACUGGGGCAGCUCCCUUUGUGAUAGAGGAAAGCUUUGAGCUGGACACCCCUCCGCAGGUUUCUUGUGCUGAGAUUCCUGCUCCUGAUUGCCAAACUCAAACUAAUCAAAAUGACUCUGAAACUAAAUCAGUGCAGCAAAACUGCACCGAGCAUUAUUCAGUGAAGCAAUUUGAACCUGAGCAGUCUGAGGUACAAGAGGAGCAGGUACCAGAGGAAGACAGUGAGGUUUUCAUUGAACCUGAACCUGAACACCAUCCAGAACCUCAGCCUGACUCUGUCCCACAAUCUCACACUCUGCCAGAGCCUGAAGCCAAAUUCUUUAACCUUAUCCCUCCGUCCUCCCCUGCCAGGGUCAGACGCACCUUAGAGGCUCCUCCAUCCAAUCUACAGACAACCAAGAUAAGGACGAAAGCCCGCUCACACAGCUGCCCCCGAAAACAGACCUCUUCUCCUCAGACGCCUGCAGUGACCAGGAGGCCUCCGCAUUACUGGCAUAUUCAGCAAGAGCAGAAACAUGAGGCGGAACGCAUUCCCAAUGGCCUCUGCCUGUCCGGCAGCUCAUCCAGCAACGGCAGCACCGACAGUCUGGAGUUUUUACCCAGCUACCAACCAGCCGGGUCAGAACAGAGAGAGGGAACCCUACAGAGGGAGAUGAAGGCCCUGUUCGAUCAGAGGAUGAAAGAGAUCCGCUGUAAAUCACCUCUCUUUUUUGAUGAUCAAGACUCUGACUGAUGAGCUCAAAGUCAUCAAUGUUCCCUCUAAAGAAGAGAAGACAACAGAUGUAGAGGCAUAAAGAAAUUCAGAAGACAAUAAAGCAGAAAUAGAAACUUCAUUUUUAGGUC